AUGCUCUCGACGACGGUGCAGGAGAAGCUAGGAACUGUACGGUCGUUUCCUUCCUGCUAUGACUAUCGUGCAUACCCAAAAGCUGCUGCUGUUAUUUCGGAAUUACAAGUUGAUCAACAUGUGUUGCCCACUCAUCAUCUGUUCCUGGCUUCCACGUCACCAGAAACCAUGACAAUUCUUAGAGGUCCUGCAAAAAUUAGAUAUUAUAGAAUUCAUCAAUAA